CAUCAAGCUAGCAGUAGAUUGACCGGCAACGAGUUGAAACUUUCAGAAUCAAUUUUGACAAAAACUCAAAACUUUCAUCCGAUGUCCAAGAUAAUAAAAAUUCUAGUGAACAACGAAAAAAUCGCAGUUUUACGACAAAACAUAUUCGGCAUACCCAAAAACCUAAAUGGCCAGCGUAGCUCCGAGAUGUCAACUCUUAACACGUGGACUUUUUGCAGCAAGAGAAUCGGUCAGAGCCAUAAUGGAUUUUUACCGUUUUCGAGCAGCGAUAAGGGCGCAAUCAAGAAACUGUAGUUCCAAGAAGUGCAACUGCGAUUGUCCACAAGGAGAAUCCUUCAUUAAGGAUCCGAGGGACACGGGAGAAGAAUGCGAAACUUAUAAAAAAUUGAUGGCUAAGAAACACGUGGAGAAUACCUGCCGCAUUAACGAAUGGCCUUGCAGCAGAUACGAUACGACAGUUUGCGAUCCGAUGGAAUGUAAAGUGGAAAAAAUUGAAGAUAGACCGCCUAUACCAGACGAAGUUUUCGAACAAACACCGCCGUGUAUACCUUAUGAGGGGGAAGGUAUGCGUUUCAGGAAUAUGUGCGAAAUAGCACAGCUGAGGCGAUGUUACGCUGAGAACCUAAUGAAAGCCCAUCAUUGUACGAGUGAACGCCCAGCUUGCUUCAGUUGGGAUAAGACCUACCCUAUGAGACACGCUGGAGCAAAACCAGAAAUAGAUGGCCGACCCAUAGUUGGAGAGAGUUGGAAGAAGAAAACAUGGGGAAUCAAAUGCUAAAUGACUAUGUACGUUCAGAAAAAUAUCUCUGAUAAUAAACAAUAUCUGAAUAUCGGAAGAAUAUGCUGAAAUUGUCGUAGAGUUUCUUCAUAACAAUUAUUCCUACAGUUAUAUACUAGCCUAACCUAAAAAAAACGAGGGGAUCCUUUUAUAAACUCUCACAUGACUCUGCAGACCCAGGCUCGAUCUAAGUUCUUGCCUUAACAUGCAAUCACCGUGGAAUAUCAGUAAAAAAUAUGCCGUAUGGGGUAUUUUACUCAGAAUAAAUGUCUAGCAUGAA